AAUGAAUUACUGCGUUCAAAAAUUAAUAAAAUUGGUACUUCUAUUACUCUAAUCUACUCUUCUGUUUUUUAUACUUAAGUCAAAAUAUACACUCAGUUUCUAUUAAUAGUCGCGAGUAGCAGCAGUUUUAGUUAAUUUUUUAAUUUGAAAUGUUUGUUUACACAAUUUAGCAAGAAGAAGUAAAAAUUCGUUGCACCAAUUAUUGGAUUGCGCAGGUUUGGAGGAAAAUGACUCACCUAAUUCACCUUUAUCUGACAAAGUGUGUAAGUUCAACUACCCAUCCAGGCCAAACAUGAUCUGCCGGGCUAGUCAGAAGGUGAAAAUGAGUUAGUUUCUCAUUUAACGCUAUCCAAUUCUACUGGAACUGAGUUAUUAAAUACCAAAUAAUUUUCCAUAAUCUUAAAUUUUUGAACGUGUCGAAUUUGUUUUACUUCAUAAAUUCUACUUCGUGAAAUUGCAUGUUAUCGUUACUGUUUUUGUAUCUACCUAUCCUAUGUCAUUUUUUUGAUAAGAAGAAGUCUUGGUUCUAUUUUUUAUUUAAUUGACAACGUACUUAUAUAUAAAGUUAUAGUGUAUUGUUGAAUAAUAAACAUAAAAACUUACAAUGACCAAACUGUACGUCUAUAUAAUGAAGAAUAAUUUUUGAAGAUUAAAAAUUCACUGUUCUUUGUUUUAUUGUUGGCGUAACUUCAUCCGUAUGAAACAAUAAAUUGUUAUAACCACAAAAAUUAAGUCUCUUUUGUAUCUUAAUAGGAUACAAAAAAAAACGAAAUAUAAUCAUAAAAAGGGUAGUCAUUUUAAUAUUACACACAGACAGACACUUCAAUUUAUUUACAUGUGUAGAUGCAUAGAUUUUAUGAAUAAGAAAACAGAAAUAACUGAAACUUAUUUCAAAUUCUAUUUGCAAAUUAAUUGGGUUUUAAUAAGUGUAAAGAAAAAAGAAAAACAAAAAAUUGCCCCGUAAGGUGCGGUAGUGAAAGUAAAAGAAGUAUCAAAUGUAAAUACAUCGAAUGAAACCCCAGAUCCUGUAUUACUGUUGAAAGCCACAGAAAGCUUCUCCACUCCUUUUUUUGCUUUUGUUUUUGAUGGCUUCUUUAAUACUUCAUGAAAACGUCAUUUCCUUUUUUUGUUUUUGAAAUUCGUAUCCACUUUAAUAUUACAUUCAAGAAAAUAGGUCAAGAGGAAUGGAGAAGAGAGACGGAGAGUAGCGCGUAGCGCCGCCGUAUCCUGUGGAUAAAUCGUUAUAGUGAUCCCAAUUUUCCGAGUCCCGCCACUUUGUAGAGAGGGCGGGGAAACUCUCUCCGAGUCUAGUGACCCAGUGUGGCUGCCACAACCACGCAGCAAUGUCGGAAAACUCCGCGUUCUCGGUAGUCGAGUUGAACGUCGGCGGUGUUGGCUAUACAACCAACUUGGAAACGCUUACUAAAGUGCCAGAUUCGGUGUUAACAGAAAUAUUCACUGGCCAGAUUCCCAUACCGAAGGAUUCUAAAGGACGCAGCUUCCUUGAUCGCGACGGGAUCCUUUUCAGGUACAUCCUUGAUUAUUUACGAGACGGGGCAUUAGUUCUUCCUGAAUGCUUUAGAGAGAAAGAACGUUUGAAAAAAGAAGCUGAAAAGCUGCGCCUGCCCGCGAUUGUGCAAUCUAUAAACGAGCAGAGCAAACCUAGACAACCUGGAGUCAUCACUGUCGGUUACAGGGGCAGUUUUCAAUUUGGAAAGGACGGACUUGCCGACGUGAAAUUUCGAAAAUUGACCAGGAUCUUAGUUUGCGGACGGGUCACCUUAUGCAGGGACGUAUUCGGGGAAACUUUGAACGAAAGUAGGGACCCCGAUCACGGUCAGACCGAACGUUACACGUCUAGGUUUUUCCUGAAACAUUCGUUCUUGGAACAAGCAUUCGAAAUGCUAAUAGAGCAAGGUUUUAAAUUAAUGGGAAGCUGCGGGUCUGGAACAGCCGGAAGUACAGCAGAUCUUAAACCCGGAGUCGAUUCGGAAGAAAAUCGCUGGAGUCAUUACAAUGAGUUCGUAUUUGUAAGGGAGUGAAUGGAGUGCGAAUUACAUUUAACUUUCCCCAUUUCAUUAAAAAUGAACCAUAAAUUUCUGUAUGAUCCACGUUAAUAAAAAUUUGCUGUUUGUAAGUAUGCUAGAAAAUACAGAGAACUACAUCGUAGAUAAUUAGAAAAAAGAUUGUAUAUAGUUAGAUAAUAUUACAGUAUUAAUUUUAUUAAACAUGUUGUGCGGCUAUUAUACUUUUAAUAGAAAAUAAUAAAACUUUUCA